CGUACGCAAUCCGGAAGAGUGCAGCCGGAGACGUGUUCAAGGAAAUAGUCGAUUCGGUUUUUAUAUAUAAUUAGAGCAGAAAACCUCAGUGUUUACACAAUGUCCUCGUUAGGAAUACUCGUAGGUUAUUUUCUGCCAUAUUUUUCCCCAAUAACUACAAACAUUAAUAACAUUUUUGCAGUACUUCUUGUUUUUGUUGGGUGCUGCAGCAAUGUUGUGUUUCUGGAAAUGCUUGUAAGAGAGUUCCCAGGAUGUGGCAACAUUGUGACCUUCGCUCAAUUUGCCUUCAUUGCAUUAGAGGGGUUCAUCUUCGAGACGAACUUUGGAAGAAAGAAACCAGCCAUCCCUAUGAGCAACUAUGUAAUCAUGGUGACCAUGUUCUUCACAGUCAGUGUGAUCAACAACUAUGCUCUCAACUUCAAUAUCGCUAUGCCUCUACACAUGAUCUUCAGAUCUGGAUCGCUAAUAGCUAAUAUGAUCCUGGGUAUAAUCAUUCUGAAGAAAAGGUAUUCAAUGAGUAAAUAUCUCUCCAUAGCGAUGGUGUCUCUGGGCAUCUUCAUAUGCACCAUCAUGUCCGCCAAACAAGUGAAUGUAGGUACUGAGGGCUCAGAGGAUCAAGGUGUAUAUGCCUUCCUGCACUGGCUGAUGGGUAUCGCCAUGUUGACCUUUGCACUGCUCAUGUCUGCGAGAAUGGGCAUUUUCCAGGAGACCCUGUACAAGCAGUAUGGUAAACACUCAAAAGAGGCUCUCUUCUAUAAUCACUGCUUGCCUUUGCCUGGGUUCCUGCUUCUGUCCUCAGACAUCUACAACCACGGUGUCCUCUUCAGUCAAAGCACUCCUGUAGAGAUUCCUGUGAUUGGCCAGGCUGUGCCGGUGUUGUGGCUGUACCUACUGCUGAACGUCAUCACACAAUAUGUGUGCAUCCGCGGUGUCUUCAUCCUGACCACGGAGUGUGCCUCUCUCACCGUAACCCUGGUGGUGACUCUGAGGAAGUUCAUCAGCCUCAUCAUCUCCAUCCUCUACUUCAAGAACCCCUUCACCGCCUGGCACUGGGUGGGCACUGGAGUCGUCUUCCUGGGCACCCUGAUCUACACGGAGGUCUGGACUAACAUCUGCGCGGCACUGAGAGGAAGAGACGAGCUGAAGGAGAAAACUACGUAGGAAUACACUGUAAAGACGGCGGAGUGAUACGCAGCACUUUGGUCAAUUCCUCGCAUCCUCUCUCUUUGCCUCCUUCUCAAAACGAAUUGGAGAAGAUGGUCCGAGGGAGGGGGGGGGGGGGGACCUGAGAACUUCUCCAAUAUGGUUGAGAAGGAGUAGAAGAAAGAGGAUGCAGGGAAUCACGGAAAGACUAAUUGAGAUAGAGCCAACCGUCACACUGUUGUGUGUGUGUAUACGGGACUACAUUUGUUGUGGGUGUGAUUGCACACUCUGGAGCCUGUUUUCCCCCCUCGCUCUCUGCUCCAGUUGCAGAAGGACCAGGUUGGUUUUUAAUAGAAUAAUUUAAGUUUUUCCUAUUGUUUUCGUUGCUUGAACAAUUACUUUAGAAAAUAUGUCUUCCCACUAGGUUUCUCACUUAACCCAUUUUAAGGGUAUAACCUAGACAAAACCUACAUUGUUGACUGAAUAAGUCAAGGCAAGCUUUUUGCAAAACUGAUUGUAUGGAGAUACCCUACUAUUUUGUUUGUUUGGUGAGCUGUAUUUAUUUAGGUGUUAUGCUAAGUAUGAGUUUUGCUGAGCUGAGAGUGAAUAGUAGUGUCUGUCAACAUGUCAUUUAACACCAGAAUAACGAUUAUACCAGUAUACGGACAAAACAUAUUACUGUACUCUGAUUAGCAUCAUUUUGAAAUACUAAAUGACAAGAACUGAGUUCACCACCUCGUCAUGAUAUUAGUGAAACACAAAAGUGAAAAGUAUUAUGUAUUCUGAAUAUGAUACUUGCUCAGAUUUUAUUGUAGGAAUAUUUCCUCAGGAGGAUAUUUGUCCUUUCAAAAUAGUACUUGGCAGGUCCAGUAACUUUGUCAUGAAACCCACCAAAACCUACACUCCAGAAUCACUGCACCAUUCAUUCUCAACCUACUGAAAUAAAAAUGUAAAG